AUGAGUAGCGCUCGUGAGAAUCCUUCCCUCCCAGCCGUAGUCGAUCAUCAUAUUCGGCAGACGUAUUGCCAAAAUCGCCCACUUUACCGUCGAUCGCGCCAGCUGACCGCCGUCCGUGUCUACUCGGUGGCCAACGAGUCGCGGCAUUUGCUCGUUUUCGGCGUACCGCAGAUCGAUUUGCUCCGGGAGCUGCGCCAAGAGUUUGCUCGGAUCGGAAAGCUUGAAACGGUCGAGAACAUCACAGCUAUCUGGCAGCAGCACCGUGACAACGGCGAAUCUGAUACGCUCACCCUCGAACCAUUCACCGAUGUAUUUCACGUUUGUUUCGUGAAGCUCGAAAAGGCUCGGCAAGCGAAGCGGUCGCUCGAUGCGCGCAACUUUUACGGUGGCGUUCUGCACAUUUCCUACGCACCCGAGCGGGAAACGGUGGCCGAAGUGCGCGCCAAGCUGUCACAGCGAAGGUCAGAGGUGCGGUACCGCACAAAGGGUGGCCGGCUAAAGACAAAGCCGAAGCAGGCGCCAUCACUCGAUCCUGUUGGUGGUGUUGGUGAUCGUCGGCCCGGUAUUCGAUCGGGCAAUGCCAUACCACAUCACAGACAAGCAGGACGACGGCCUUGA